GCCUCUGAAACCACGCGGCGCACCGAGAAGGACUUCCCAAUCGCUGCCGUCAUUAACGCGAAUAAAAUCAAAUUUCUCAUCAGUUCCGAUGGUCCGAUUCAGGUGCAGUGUCCCACCGUCCCUCCCACGCGGCUGUAACACGGCAGCAACACUCUCUAAUUAAUUCUCUUUUUCAAAUAUACCAUGUACAUAUGUAUAUGAAUCGCAGACGCUGAUUUUGGCUUGCAGUGCAGAAAUGGCUACCUUCAAGCCACCAACCAACAGCUCACUACUCCUCCUCUGCCUCCUCGUGGCCGCCAGCUUCCGUUCUACGGGCGUCUCCGGCCGCCCGUAUGUGACUGAUGACCUAAUCUCCGACGGCGUCGAUCUGGGUAUCCUGCCCUCGCCUUUCAUCGUCUUUCCCACCCCGCCGCCGCCGGCGAUGACGUCGUCGGAGACCUGUGAGCUGACGUAUGGUUUCAUGCCCUGCACCACCACCGUGCUGGGUAACAUCUUCCUCAUCGUCGUCUACGGGUACCUCAUGUACCUCGCGGCUACUUUCCUCUCCAGUGGCAGCGAGCUCUUGUUGGUGAUUCUCGGCCCCGGUAUUAUUGGCGGCCUCUUCCUCCCUGUGCUCGGAGCCCUUCCUGAUGCCCUGCUUAUCCUCGUGUCUGGACUUUCUGGCAGUAAAGAAACCGCUCAAAGUCAGGUUUCUGUUGGAAUGGGCUUGCUAGCUGGAUCAACUGUUAUGCUGCUUACUAUAAUAUGGGGAUCUUGUGUUAUUGUUGGCAAGUGCGACAUUCGGGAUUCAGUUGCAGUAGAUUCACAAGAUACAAAAAGGUUUAGCUUAACCGGUUCUGGUAUUACUACUGAUAUUUGGACUAGUUAUGCUGCAAGGAUCAUGGCUGUAUCUGUAAUUCCAUUUAUCAUUGUUCAAGUACCACAAGUUUUCCAUUCAACUUCUGGAAGGCACUUAGCAGUCUUGAUUGCACUUAUUGUCUCUAUCGUGCUAUUAAUUUCUUAUUGCCUUUAUCAGCUUGUUCAGCCUUGGAUUCAGAGGGGGCGAAUUGCUUUUGCUUUGCAUAAGCAUUUCAUAUCAGGAAUGCUGGGACAAUUAAAAAAGCAGGCUCUAGGAAGGCUUCUAAGGGAUGAUGGCAGACCUAAUGAGGAAGUUAUAGAAAAGCUCUUUGGUAGAAUUGACCAGGAUUCAGAUGGGAAACUCUCAGAAUCUGAAUUAAGAGCAUUUGUCUUUGGAAUCCAGUUUGAAGAGAUGGACUUGAAUAAAGACGAUGCUGUGUUAAAAGUGAUUAAAGAAUUUGAUGCUGAUGCAGAUGGUCGUGUUGAUAAGAAUGAGUUCAUCAAAGGAAUUGCAAAAUGGCUUAAUGUGGCAAAGGGCUCUAGGGCUUAUGGUGAUGCAGAUCCUCACACACAGAAGUUCAUUGAUGAUUUUCGCGAGCAAACAAGAAGAGAGCACGAUCGCUUUGUGGGUUAUAGCGAGGAGACCACAGGGAGUGUUGAAAAUCCCAAGUUGACUUCAUUUAAAGCAGUGAUGUUGCUGUUGCUGGGAACUGCUAUUGCUGCUGUAUUUGCUGAUCCCCUAGUUGAUGCUGUUGAUAACUUCUCUGAUGCAACAAGCAUUCCUGCUUUCUUCAUUUCAUUCAUCGCACUUCCUUUGGCUACUAAUGCCAGUGAGUCAGUGUCUGCAAUUAUCUUUGCAUGCCGUAAGACUGGGAAAAAUGCCUCUUUGACUUUUUCUGAGAUAUAUGGAGCAGUAACCAUGAACAAUGUCCUUUGCUUAGCCGUAUUCUUAGCCCUUGUUUACAUCAGAGGAUUAACAUGGGACUUCUCAGCUGAAGUGCUGGUCAUACUCAUUGUUUGCAUUGUCAUGGGUGCUUUUGCAAGCCUUCGCACUACCUUCCCUCUUUGGACAUCUUUGGUGGCUUUCUUUCUUUACCCGUUCUCCUUGGUGCUGGUUUAUUUGCUUGAUAAUGUCUUUGGUUGGUCGUAGAUGCACGAUUGGCAGUCACGAAAAUAUACUUCGAGGCUCUGUGCAGACAAGGCAACAAUUUUACAGAUUGUGUUUUUUUCGCCGCAUUGUAAUAGGCUGAAGUGCUGCUUUCUGGAGUGAUGGGAUGACAGAUCUUUUAGAUAUUUAGAAAUAAAAUGUUUGUGCUUUGGUUGUUCUAUGGAUUUUCAAAUGCAGAAUUUUGGUUGUUGAUAAAAUUACUAGUUUUCUGGGUCUGGGUUAACUGCUUGUAUCUGGCACUACUUGAUAAAAUUAUUCUUUUCAAACUCAUUUGAGCCUAAAA